CUCGAACAGGUGCAAGUGCUCUAGCCUUGCUUUAGCAGUGCCCUAGAUAUACGAGUUAGGCCUACCCAUUUUCUGUUGCCACAGAGUAUGGACUUUUUUAUAACAAACAUGGAGACGAAGCAUCAGACGCCACCUCCAGAAUCUGAACAGGUUGGAUUCAACGAUCUACCCAUGGAGUUGCUGUUGAAGAUCAUGAAAAUGGUCACAUUGAACGAUCGCAUAGCCGCUGGGGAAACGUGCCGCCGAUGGUUGGAAGCCGCCCACUAUUACACACCGUUCAACGAGCUGCUUGUGUUUCGAUUCUCAAAUAUCAACUUCACCGAUAAUGAACCACCGAUCAAGAACUUCCUGGAGGCAUUCAGAAUAUUUCCUAGAAUUGAGCUCAGUUCGGUAACAUUCUACGGAAAUAGUGAGUUUUGGCCCGAUUUCGGAGAGUUCGUACUUGAACUGUCGCUCAAGAACUGCCUGAUUCGGGACACGGAACUAAGAUGGAUACUGCAGCACCUGCCGAAGCUUCGGAAACUUCGAAUCGAAUCGUGUGAUGAGUUGUUCCGUACGUGGCAUUUCGAUAAGAAGUUCUACUGUUGUGUAUCGAACUUUACCCUUGAUCAGUUGCUCGAUGUCUCAUUGGCGAAUAAUGAUUUCAUCGAUGAGAUGCACUUCAACUGGAUAAUGACGAUCGCUCCCAACAUUGCGCAUCUGGACAUUUCAAACUGUUUCAAAAUGGUGACUGCUCUUCGUCGAGUGCAAAUGGUUGAUCACAUCAUGCGGUUCAUCAACAACAAACGUUUUCAGCUGGAAACUCUAAAGUUUAGUGGAACGCUGUCGAUCGACGAUAUUUGCCUCAGUACCUUGGCAAUGUUGGAUGGUUUGAGCAUAGAAAGUUUGAGUCUUACAUUCUGCGACAAGAUUCCUCCUGCUAUCAUUGAUCUACUCAGACGACAGCCAGAGCUGAAGAUCACUCAAGCGCUUCAGUUCAAAGUGAAUAAAUCCAAAAAGACUAUCAAAACUCCUGGAUUCAUCAGCUUCCUUACCAGUCAACCAAAUCUGAUUCACCUGGAUCUGUCAUCGUCACUGGGUGUAACCGAUGAAAUCAUGGAACUGAUCACUAGCUGUCUGCCGAAACUUAAAACCUUGAAGCUUAGACGAUGUAUUCUUAUCACAGACGAAGGAAUUAUGGAUAUUGUCAAGCUGGAACAUCUGGAAGUACUGGAUUUGUCGAAUUGUGAAAAAAUCUCCGACCGAGCAAUGUUCAAUGGAGUGAUCGGUCGAAAGAUGAAACAGCUGAAAGAACUGUAUCUCUGUGAUCUGCCUGGCCUGAGCGACUACUCACUGAUUCAGGUGACGCUCAAUUUCGAACUGAUCCAAAUUCUGGAUCUGAGCAGCUCACCGAACGCCGCCACCGAUGCCACCAUGCAGUACAUCAAUUUCUAUCUGGUCCAUCUGCGACGGCUGAUUCUGUACUGUUGCACAAAGGUGACGGAUUCGGGACUUAGCGGGAUCGAUCUGCCGUAUAAACCGCUGGAAAUCUGGGACAUUUCCGAAUCGUUUUCGAUUGAAAGGCUGUUCAAGCUGCGCGUGUUGAAUCUGACCGGUUGCUACAAAAUCACAGAUUUGGCACUGCAGAAGGCAAUCAAGUUCAGUGAACUGAAGGAACUGCAUCUGGCCCGGUGCUCGCAGAUAACCGAAGCCGGCAUCGAGACUCUAGUCCAGUACAACAAAUCCCUCGAAUUUCUGGACCUUAGUGAGUGUCCCCUGAUAAAUGACAGAUGUAUCGAUCUGAUCACUACAAACCUCCAACGGCUGAAAACGCUCAUGGUGAACAAAUGUCCCCUGCUAACCGAUGACAGUCUGUAUUUUAUCAGUAUCAACUGCCGCUAUCUCAAGUUUCAUUGCAGCACAUUUCGUUGAACGGAUGCACGAGGUUGAAUCGGAUAGAAGAACGAUUAUCCCGGCUGCCCACGCUGAAAACAAUUAAUAGUAAAUACAUCCAGGAGUAGCUUAAAAUCGAAAAUAAAAACACUUUAAUUUUA